UUACGUACUUACAAAAUAAUCUCCUCUUAACUUUUUAAGGUUUGGGACUUGCUUAAAGGGAAUGAGAUCACUGCGCUUGAUGAUGAAGAGAGUACUAGCUUUGAUAAUGCAGCUAGGAUAGUUCGCUUCAGUUCGGACAGUAGGAAAAUUAUAAUUGGAUGCACAAACGACCGUGUUUUCAUCUGGGAUUGGCAGAACCAUGAUGUACCUUUAAAGAGUGUCACCUUACCCGCGGUCAGAACAGUGGAAAUAACAUGCGAUGGGAACAUGACUUACACGUGCAGCGAGGAUGCGACAGUUUGUCAAAUCGAUCUCGGCUCACUAAAAGUAUCGACUGUUUGUCAAGGUCGUAUUCCUGUGGUUAUAACGCCGGACGGCAAAGCUAUAUUGUUUAGGAAAGUUUCGGAUAAUUCACUGAUUUAUUAUGAAUUUUCAACUGAUUCUGUGGUCGCAUAUAUUGAAGGUAGGUAGAUACGAAACUAAUUGGUUUGUCAUUAAUAUUAAUUUAUAUAUUGGAAGACAGUAGCGGGAUGGGGGAGGGAGCGACCCCUCUCGCCCUACCCCAAUUAGUUUCUGAAAACGUUAGCGUGGUAGUGUACUAACCGUGUUUAACAAAGCGGCAACAAUAAUUUCACAACCAUGAAAGCAUAGGUAGGCUAUACAUUAAGCAGGAACGGAUCUACCGUAGCGGUGCAAUGGGGUGCCUAUAGUGGUGUCUACCACCUCCCUAGAAAAAUCCAGCAACACCCUAAAAAAAUCUGCUUGACGAUACAUUUUCUGUUUUCCGAAUAGCGAUUAGUGGUCUGGUCUACUGUUAGAGCGUUUCGAUUUGAAGAUUUUUUAAACGAUUUAUUUUUUUCUGUGCUCAUGAGAAAAUACGGAGAAUGUUUAGUUAAAUAUCAUGGUUAAAUAUGUAAUCAUGUCGAGGUUGUUAUACAGCCGUAUUUUUCAGUAUACUGUACUCAAACAAUCAAAUUUACUGUACUGUGCUACAGAAACUGUCCAAUCACGAAUAUAUACGUGAUAAAAAUCCGAUAUAAACUUUAUAAACGAAAGAUAAUGUAAAACGUAACAGAACGGCAAACGUGCAGAUUCGCCCAUCUCAAAUAGUGGUAAGGUUGGGAUCGUGGCGUUGCAGACUGCAGGGAAGAGUGGACAGUAAGGCUUCCUUACGCACCACCUCCAUGGAAAAAAACUACAUUUGAAGUUGUAAAAUAUGCUAAGCUGUGUAUAAUGCUAUAAUUCAACCCUAUUUGAGCUACUGUUGUGAAGUUUGCAAUGUAUUCGGCGAAACUCAAUCAAUACGUUUACAAAAACUUCAUAACAGAGCUGCUCGUAUUAUAGAACAUGUGCCAAAUGAGGUAGAUCAACAAACAAUACUGAAUAUAUUACGAUGGGAACCGCUAAAACAACAAAGAGUAAAAGCCAAAGCAAAACUUAUGUUUAAAACGCUCAAUAACAUGGGACCAAGUUCGCUUAAAGAAUUAUUUACUUUCAAAACGGAAAUAUUAAACCACAAUCUUCGUAAUAACUCAAGUUCAAUACGUUUGCCAAAGCCAAAUGCGAACAACAGUGAAGAAAAGUUUUAUGUACGAUAGAGCUUCUAUCUGGAACUCCAUACCACAAUAUAUAAGUAAAUCGAUUUUUUGUUUUAAAAGAAAAAUCGCUACUCUUACCUUUUGAAAUAACAUGAUUCAUGAAUCUUGCAAACAGAUACUUUUUGACUAUUUAUGUAUUACUUGUAACUUGUAACUAUUUGUAAAUAUUUUACACGCCCAUUGUGGAAACCAGCUGACAGUGUUAGCGUGGUUAAAUAAAGUUAUCAUCAUCAUCAUCAAGAAGGUGGCAACCUAAAUUAGCCACCAUGCACCAUGCAUGUACAUGCAUAGAAUAGUUGCGAACUGCGAAGUGUCUGCCACUGCGGAAAAACGCACGAGGGAAUGAUCACUGUAAACUUUGAGUGUUUAAAUUUAUUUUUCUCACCAAAUAUCAUUCAUGCCCAAGAUUAUUGAUGAAUACAUUCAAACGUUUUCUUCAAGACGAAUCACAAGAUAUAUACAGCAUUCGCGUCCAUGUCGUUUAAGAUGCACAACGACUUGACUUUGGUGCAUGUUUUUGUAUCUCAAGCAUGCAAGACGGCCUGGCCCAUGCUGUAUAUAUGUACAGGGUGUCCCAGAAAAAAAUACAGUACCUGUAUUCCAGCUCAUUGUUGGUGGGAAUCGAAAAUUCAAUUUAACAUAUUUGUCAUUUAAAGUGAGGGGCUAUCAAACCAUAAACCUAUUAUUAGAAAACUUUGAGUAUGAGUACGACUACAAAUACGAGAUUUGUCACUUGCGCGCCGCGAAACAUGCAAUGGACAUUUAAUAGGAUAUUUUAAAACAGUCAUUAACAUCGGUUCUGUUAGACAGAUUUUAAUAAAGUUAGUGUCAAUUUUGUCAAAAUUCGAUCAUCUCUAAGAUUAAAUUUUCGAUCGAUUUCCACUAAUAAUUAGCGAUGUAGAAAUCUAGAACAUAUAGGUAUUGUAUCUUUUUGGACACUCUGUACUAUUUGUACAUCGACUUGUACUCCCUAAUUGGUUAACUCUAAUGCAAGAGAGUUCCAUUCACGAAUGCUUUAAAUAACUGAAAAUGUUUUACCACAUUCAGGUCAUCCUGACGCCUCGAUAAUUACUGCAAUUGACAUCACAACAGAUGGAAAAUUAGUUCUGUCAGGAAGCAGUUCAGGAACUAUAUCUCUGGUGGACUUGAAGAGUUCCAAUGUAGUUCAGACGUUCGGAGUGACCGAAGCUGGAGUCGGCAUACGUUUGGUUAGCGUAUUAAGUGAUGUGGCCCAUUUUGUAUUUGUCGACGAAGGAAACAGAGUCGUAUUGCGAACUUUUAAUAAUAAAGAGGCUGAGUUAGUAUUGGAUCAACCAGCUGUUAAAGUGACCUGCAUUACUACUCAUAGUGGAAAAUAUGUAUUCCUUGGUUGUGAAAACGGAGAACUGUUAUUGUUUGAUAUAUAUGCUACACAAUAUAAGUAUAACCAUCAAGCUCAUUCCGAAGCCGUUUCUCAAGUUAAAAGCAACCCAACAGGUUUCCUUCACUUGCUUGUGUCGGGGUCUGCCAGCGGGCGUGUAACACUUUGGUGUGUUUCGAAAACCGUGCCGCCUUUGUGGAGCCAAAUUUGGUCGCACGAUAACGUUUACCCGCAUCUCAUUGCUGAUGUAGCAUUUGUGCCCCACUCCGAGGACAUCGUGAUUGGUUCUUGCUAUGACAGCAAGGUAAGUUAAGUUUGUUUCUAAUGACACUAUAUUGACCGCUUUAAAGCCUGAAUUUUAUUUGGUCGAAACUGUCGUCAGCAAGUCAUUUUCGACGAUGUAAAAUAAUCAGCAUAUAUCUUGUCUUUUGUGUGGCUGCAUGUGAAUCAUUAUUUACUGACUUUAGAGAUAUAUGGACACAUCGGUCUUCUUGAUUUGUGUACAACAGCUACGAAUAAAUGGAAACUAGGGCACGGUUGUUCGAGAGCCGAUUAGAUAAGUCGUAGGUUAACAAUCCUUAAAUUGAUAUUUACGUAUAAACUUU